GGUUAAUAUGUCAUUAAAUAUUCCAAUUAACAUUUUUAUGUUUGUUGGGAAGUAUUGAGAAUGAUUUAAUUAAUAACAACUGGAUAAAUCUUAUACAUUGGAUAUCCCUGGUAAAGCACCCAAGUUUCACAUUUAAUUAAGCGUUUGGGAUCAAAGAAAAUGAAUUCUGUUGAAGAUUUGAAUUGUAACAUUGUUGUAUUGAGAAGUAAAGCAAGGAACUUAAUUUCAUCUUUGUUAAAUCCCGUAAAGCUAAUACGCACAGAAAAAGGAUUACCAAGGGAUUGGGAAGGUUUGGCUCAAUUAUGUGGAAUACCUGGGGAGCUGAUGCCUAGUUUGCAAAAUGAUAUGGAUCCAGCGGGAAAAGUAUUACGAUUGUGGAGCGAGAAUUCCAAAGAUGCAGCAACUAUUGCAAAGUUGUUUGAAUUUCUAGAAGAGCUUGGUCGGUAUGAUGUUUUGGAUGAUGUAACUCCUUUUGUUGGAGAGGACCUUAAAUACCACCAAGAACACCCUCCAAAUGGACUAGGAAUCCAAUCAUUUGAUUUAGAAGCUGACAAGUGCAUUUUAACUCGGGACGAUGUGAUUCGUCUCAAUCAAGGUUUAGAACCUCAAACAUAUGAUGCGUUUGUGUUAUUUGAUGAUGAUGAUAUUGAUUUUGCCACUGAGCUUAUUGACACGAUGGAAAAACAAUAUAAUAUGAAAUUUUGCGUCAAGGAGCGGGACUUGGUUGUAGGCAAAUGCGAACAUGACGCUGUAAUCAAAUUAAUUUCAGAAAGGUGUGGCAGGCUAAUUGUCAUUGUUUCUGCAGCCUUUUUCAACAGUAAUGCAAACACUUUCUUCUACAGUGUGGCACAGUCAAUUGGUAUAGAGCAAGGAUUGCGAAAAAUUAUUCCAUGCAUAUACAAAGACUGCGGACCUCUACCAGCAAGAAUCAGUCAUUAUUCUAAGUUGGAUUUUAGACGAAGAGAACCCUUUUUUAAUUCCUGGGAGAAACUGCAUGACUCUUUAAUGAUACCACAGAGCUGUCACAAACUGGCAGUUAAUACAAGGUGUCAGGCGAGAACCCUUACAACCAAAGCUUCCCUCACUGAUUUAAAAGCAAGUAUCCCCAUAGUUAGGUCUGUGUCAAAUCCAAGUCGUUCCCCUGAUAGCAAAAAUUCACUUAAGCCUGCUCUUCAUAAGAGCGGCAAUACCAAUGAAAAUCAUGCGAAAACAACGCAUGUAAAAUUUAGCAGCAGCAUGAGCAAUUUACCGCAAACCCAAGUGCCUGAAGAUAAACUAAUACCUUCAACGAGUUCCAACAAUUUGGGCAAUACUGCAGAGAAACAAGUGAAGAAAAGCACAUCUUUUUAUAAGAAAAUUAUAAACUUCGGUUCAAAGUUGCCAAAGCCGAAGGUUAAAUGCGAGGAGGCCUCACCAAAGACCGUAGAAGAAAAUACGCCAGAGAAGAAGCAGAAAAAAGAAAAAGAAAAGAAAUGGUUCACUCUGAAAAAUCACAAGAGGAAAGUGGCACUAAUGGUGGAGACUUGACGAACAGAAAUAUUGGUUACCUAGUUAUUAAAAUUUAUUGAAAUGAUUCUAGGGAUUCCUUCUAGUAACAUAUGUGAUUUGGCCGUUAUCGAAAUACCACUUUUAGCGACGCAAUUCUAGAGUCAUCCGUAUCAGUGCCAACUUAUAAAAAAAGAUUUUCCACAUAUCUUGUUUAAUGAGUGCCACCGCGUCAUGUCACGCAUAGAAUGCGAUACAUAUUUUUAUAAAUAUUUAUUUUUAAAGUAAACGAAACGCAAUUCCAAGGUCUACCUCCAUUUUUUCUUGUUAAUAUCAAUUAGUUAAUUCAUUUAGUUGUGCAAUUAUUUUUUUUUGCAAAGUAUAACUUUUAUUAUAUAAAGGUUAACAAUGAAUGUGUUUGGUUGUUAAUACAACUGUAUUGUUAUUUUGUAUAUAAAUAAAAAAACCAUUAUUUA